AGUAGUUCUCUUCUCUCCUCUCCUCUGAUCACUUCGCUCCGAGGACGUGUGGAUGUACUGUGCAGUCCGCCGAGUCUCCGUGGCGCAGGACAGGACGGUCGCCACGCCUUCAGGGACGCGCUGCUUCACCGGCACCAGGCUGCCCCCAUCCCGGACUUCUGACCAGCCGCCACCCGCAGACGGUUUGUCCGCUCCCAUCCCCGCACACUGCACCUCUGGAGUCCGGCUCUACUUCUCCCCACUGAUGCCAGCUGAUCGGGCUGCUCUGUAAUCAGUCUGGGAAAAUCUGGAGCGGCGGUUCUAUCGAUUUGACAUCGAGUCGGAUCAAACAUGGGGAUCAAAGUGUAGUGCGGUCAGGAAUGCCCCAAACUGUGUGCUCAGGCACCAUGUUUACCACUCCCAGUGGCUUCAGCCCUCAUCUGGCCUGUGCUGAGCCUGGGGAGGAGGAGGAGGAGGCCCCGCAGGAAGGCCCGGGGCCCGGGGCUUGCCUGGCCGAUGGGAACCCGAUCACCUCCGCCUCCCUGGACACCCUGAUCCAGAAUUUGGUGCCCACGGCUGACUAUUACCCCGAGAAAGCCUAUGUGUUUACCUUCUUGCUGAGUGCUCGUCUGUUCAUUCCUCCUCCGGAGCUGCUGGCAAGGGUUUGUGAGCUGUGCAUCAAACAGCAGCAGCUGGAUCAGAGCCCACUCGAUACGGCAAAAGUGCGCAAGUUUGGUCCCAAGAUCCUGCAGCUGCUGACAGAAUGGACAGAGACAUUCCCAUCUGACUUCAGGGAUGAGAAGAUGGUCGGACACCUUAAAGACAUCAUCCACAGAAUAGCUCCAUGUGAUGAGGAAUACUGGAAAACCCUGAACCAGGUGCUACAGAAACUUAGCCAGAGGCUGGCCCUGAUGAGCCAGGGGGAAGAGAGCAUCGUCAAGGUCUCCCUCAACGCCUCCUCUAUCUCUGACAAGCUGGUGGCCUUCAAGACCAAGCCUCCGCCCAUCCAGAAAGACAUGCUCUCCAUCUGCAACGACCCCUACACACUGGCACAGCAGCUCACCCACGUGGAGCUGGAACAUUUGAGUCAUAUUGGACCGGAGGAAUUUGUCCAAGCCUUUGUUCAGAAAGACCCACUAGAUGGAACACAGCAGCCAUGCUUCAGUGACCAAAAGAAGAAAACCUCCAACCUGGAGGCUUAUGUCAGGUGGUUCAACAGACUGUGUUACCUGGUAGCUACAGAGAUCUGUAUGCCAGCGAAGAAGAAGCAGAGGGCCCUGGUUAUUGAGUUCUUCAUCGAUGUUGCCAGGGAGUGUUUCAACAUCGGAAACUUCAACUCCCUCAUGGCCAUCAUCUCUGGCAUGAACAUGAGUCCCGUGUCACGUCUGAAAAAGACCUGGGGCAAAACCAAGACCGCCAAGUUCUUCAUUCUUGAGCAUCAGAUGGAUCCUACGGGGAACUUUUACAACUACAGGACUGCCCUGAGGGGGGCCGCCCAUCGCUCUCAGACUGCCAACAGCAACAGAGAAAGGAUCGUGAUUCCUUUCUUCAGUCUGCUGAUAAAAGACAUUUAUUUCCUGAACGAAGGAUGUGCCAAUCGCCUGCCCAAUGGCCACGUCAACUUUGAGAAAUUUGUGGAGUUGGCACGGCAGGUUGGGGAGUUCAUGACAUGGAAACAGGUGGAGUGUCCAUUUGAGGAGGAUCGGGCCAUCCUACACUACCUCCACACUGCUCCCAUCUUCAGUGAGGAUGGACUCUAUCUGGCCUCUUAUGAGAGCGAGAGUCCAGAAAACCAGGUAGAGAAAGACAGAUGGAAAGCACUCAGGUCUAACGUCCUGGGAAAGACAUGAGGCGCUGACGGCAGCUAACCCUCCCACCAACGAGGGAACGCGUGUUCUCUUUGCACUAAACUGAACUGUGAAGGAACCUAGCUGGUACUUAGGUGUUUUUCUAUGAAGAAAUGGUGACAAACAAACAAACAAACAAAAAAGAAACACGAUGAACAGGAUUCAUCAAGAAGAGUGUCAAAAAAAUAGAAUAAAAAAAACACAUUAGAAAAGUGAAGUGUAAAUGUUAAGCUAAAGAAACUGGAGCAAAAUCCCUUUGCAGGAUAUGAGGUUACAGUAUGUCGGAGAGGGACGCAGCUUCUCCAUCCCCCUCCCCUCGAUGUUUGUUUACUCUGUGAAGAUGUUUACUACUAUAGAGAGUACAGUUACAGGGAAACCCACUUUAUAAAAUGAAAUUCCUACUGAUGUUGGAUGUUGUUUUUGUAUUUGCUCCCCCCCCCCUUUCACUUCCCCUAUGGUCCAAAGCCCUGGCUAGGUAUUUAAUUUUUUUUUUCCUUUUUCUUGUAUUGUACUGUAACGAAACAUGAGACGAUAUGAACGGCGCUGGCUAGCCCAUAUCAACUAUCAUAUUUUAUAGGCCUACUGAAGGAAUGGCAACUGUGUGUAUCUGGGAACACAAAAGACAACAUGCCUUGUGCAUUUCACCAGUUUAUCUUCUAUGUGCGAGUGUGUGUGUGUGUGUGUGUGUGUGUGUGUGUGUGUGUGUGUGUGUGAUCCAGGUGUUCAUGCAUUCACGUCUGUUCAUAUUGUCGCCGUCUUGUGUUGCACGGGAACGACUGGAGAAACCUGUUUAUGGUUCAUUUUUAUUAUUUAUUGUGUUUAAUUUUGGGUGGGGAAUAUGAACUGUUUAAAAUUGUGUUUACUCCUUUUAAAUGUAUUGUGCCAUUAAUGCAAGAAAACUACAGUAAUAGCUUAACAAAAGGGAGCCAGGCCAGGUGUAGAUUGUGUACAGGUGAUAUUUACCCCUCAUCUUUCUGCUCUUCAGGAAGUUCUCUCUGACUGACGUUCAGUUGUCUGAUAUAUUUAUGGAGAUUUUCUGUGCUGACAGAUGUAUAGUUUUUAUUGUACCUUUCCUUUACUGAAUAUGAAGUCCGGCAGCAUGCUACGACAGGUGUUUUUAAAAAAAGGGGCAUUAGUGUAUCCACCUUGUAAAGACUGCGACACAAACUUUGUAGUGAUUUUUGUGAAAAGACAAGGGUGAAUUGGGAACUGUCUUGCUACAACGUAAAGAGGGAAACUUGUGCCAUAUGAUUCACUGGUUGUCAUGACAAUUCAGGUUCCUUUGACUUGAAAUGAAACAUGUUUAAUUGUUCUGUGGGAUUGUCACUGAGCUUUGGGUUUUUUUUGGCAGUUUUGUUGUGAUUUUGGUGCCAUUUUCUGGGGUUGGGGGUUGUGGAGGAGAAGGGAGCAGGGACUGUGUAAUUAUGAGCUUUUUAAGAAGCGGUCUUAUUUAGUUUGCUAUUAUUGAUGUCAGUGUUUUCUCUUAAGAAGCACCUUUCCCUCUCUAUAACAGACUGAUUUGAUUCCCCUCCUCCUCGUUUGUCAUCGGUAAACUUGCUUUCACCCUAACCCAUUUCCCAGAGAAGAUCGUGGAGAGAUGUGAUGUCAAUUCUGCCAUUCAAGGUGAAGACGUGUUUUAAUAAAGCGUUGCCUGUGCUGAACAUGUGGUCUCAACAACAAUCGCCUACAUGACAUCAGUUCUGCUCUUUUUAACAGUGUUAUUGGACGGCCGAGUCCAUCUUUUAACUUUAUCGCUUACGCAUACAUUUCUGUGUGCAGUUAAAGGAGUGAAAUGCAUUCAGAUGUUGAGGCCAAGCAGACACGCCGCUGACUUUUACAUCACUGCAAAAUUUGUGACAGGUUCCUAAAAAGCCUUUAAUAAAAGUAAACCAUGCUUCUC